AUAACUAGACUAGACUGACGUUUGGCAACAGUGUGCGUCUUCCGAACGAUUAUCGACACCUAAACAUAACCCAAAGCAGACAGUUUGAAGCGAGGUGUAUCGUCGCCUUCAAAAUAGAAAAAAAAGGAAAAAUGCACACGUCCAAUAAUUUUACUCUUCGAGGCGGCGACGCAGCUUUCGCCAACAGACAGAGAUUAUUAUUCGAUCAGCUGUCGAUCGCCGAAAGCAGCUGCAACAAACGUUCCAUAUCCGAGGUGGAGGAUACCGAAAUGGACGAAUGCGAGAGGAGUUUAACUUCGAGGGACGAUCGGAGGCAGAAGAGAGAAAUGAAGAAAUUUCGUGGCAAAGAGAGCAUCUUCAAACGUCCCGAGGGUCCAGCACCGCGUGCGAAUUUCAGGAAUAUCCCAGAUUAUCACAGAAAUCCGCACAAAUGGGUCAAGUAUAGUUUGGAUGAUGUAUCUAGCGAGGACAUGACAGAUCGCAGCAACAUGCAAGCUGCCAUGUCAUUUCUGAAGGAGCUGAAGGCACGCAGGGAAAAGGAAGAGGUCGAUCAGUGUGAGGAGAAGAUGGAUGUCGAACUUGAAUCAGAUUCGCAAGGUUCCACGGAGUUUAAAUCUAAGAAAUGUACAACGUCGCAAAUCAGAUUUAGAAAACCACAGACGAAAGAUGAGACGGAACAUUCUGAAGCAGACAGUAAACUUGUAUUCAAAAGUACUAAGAUUGUCUUGCCGGAAUAUGUAGUUGGACAGAAACCAAAGAAAUCUAAACAGAAUAGACCUGUGGUUAAAGUUGAUCGUUCAAAAGAACUCAGAUUAGAUCAUUUACAAGAACCAGAUGAAGAAGAAGAUAACAGAGAUGUGUAAAGUUAUUGUACACAUGCAAAUGUAUGUAAAAACUAAUUAUAUAUAUAUUUUUUCUUAGUUAAGAUUUUAAAAUGCACGAGUUUAUAAUCUUUAUGAACAAAUGUAAAUACUUAUUAAAAUUCGUGCAUAUUUUUUAAUUGAUAGCUGCAUAAUAUCAAGUGCAUAAGAUUACUGCAAAUAAAAAAUAAAUGAAUA